AUGCCACCAGGUUUUCUGCUCGUUACCUCUGAACCAGGGGAAAGCGUUUCCCUUGAGGAAUUUCAAGAUUGGUACAACCAUGAACACGUUCCAUUACGACUGGACCACCUCCCUUCCUUCCUCACGGGAGCCAGAUUCAGCGCCGCAGACUCCCAAACUCCUUCUUGGCUUGCUGUGUAUGAUAUCGACGAUACUGCAACUUUCCAGCACCACUCUUAUACGCGUCUCCGUGCGAAUCGCAGCCCAAGAGAGGCGGAUCUUGUCCAGCGCCUUGCUAUUCUCGACCGUCGAACGUACAAGUUAUGUAAGGACUCCGGAGAGUCUGCCCUCACUUCUUCCUAUAAACCGGAUAACCCAACGCGCCAUAUCAUCACGCAUUGGGUCGAUUUCCCAGCUGGCGAUGAAGCCUUUGAAGGAUGGUCGGACACUUUAUUACGCGCUUUGACUGGCAUAGACGGCUGGGUGCGAACGAGGACGUACAAGUGCAUCGACAAUCUCAAAACUGGAAGGAGUGUGCCGUCUGCUCCUGAGGCCCAAAUUGUUCCCCAAUAUCUUGUCAUCCAUGAGUUAUUGACCCUUCAAGUUGAUGUCGCCAACUCUAACCCAGACUCACUUGCUGAGUUGCGAGAAAGCAGAUCGUGGAAUUUGUACCGCGCUUAUCCUUCGGUGGCGCAAACGUUGAAUGUCAAGUCAAGUCUGUCGAAAUGA